AUGCCUGGGGUUGGAUCAACACCUGGCGCGCCCUCCUCACCCGAUCACUCGGAUUCGGAGGAAGAGUUCGACCUCUUUGAAGAUGACGCAGACUCUGCCUCGGCCGAUUUCAGACAGCAACUACUGGACAGCGCGGACCAAGCCCGGCGUGCAAAGCUUGCUGAGCUUCCACCGUCCUCGGAACGGACCUGUGCUCACAACCGGGUGGCCUACAUCCUUACAUCAGCACAGCGCCUUCAGCCUACCAUACUAGGAAACAUAUUCAGCGCCCAAGAUUGCGAAUUGGUACUCAACUCGGUUGCUGACUACGUCCAGCGUCGGGGUGGUCUACAGACCGACCGGCACGAGAAGUUCGCGACGACGGACGUGCCUGUGUCAGAGUUGACACGGCAAUUCGACGACUCUUCUGUCCUUGGAAAGAAGACCGCGGGCGAUGUGAUCCAGGAAUGGGUUUCGGAAAGGAUUUUGACCCGGAUGGCCAGCGCGGCUGGGUUCAGACCCCAGGAUCUUGGCCUGAAGGAUUUGUUCGUUGUCUGCUACGCUGGGUCAGAUGAAUCGAGCUCUAGAAAGCAGGUAGAUGUGCCAGUAUACCCUAUUCCCUCGAAGCAAGCAUCGCUUUCACUUCACAGUGAUGGGUGUCUUUUGAGUUUCUCGCUCCUGCUCAAUCAUCAUGACGCCUUCGAGGGCGGCGGCACGUUCUUCAAGGGAAGUGGGGAGACCUUUCUCGUGGAGCAGGGCGGGCUGCUCAUGCAUGACGCUGGACUGGAGCAUGCCGGCGCCAAAAUCACCAGUGGACAGAGGAUCAUCCUUGUCGGCUUUGUGGAGACUGUAGACGUGCUGAAAACCAAGCAGCGCUGGGAAAAGCAAAUCAGUCGUCAGCGACAGGAAAGGCCGAUUCCAAAUGCAUAA